UCGUAGAAAUUGGGAGGUUUCAAAGGAUAAAGAAAAAGAACAAAAACAUUGCUUCUCCGCAUAUCUCUUGUCCGCUUCCAUGCACUUCUCUUGUCUCAAAUCUUGUACAUGUACUCUCUUCCAAGUUCACCUCUUUUCCUGCUAAAAAGAUUUUCAACUCCUUCAAAUUCAAUUUGUCUUUUCCUGGGUAUCUCCGAUUGAGCUACUGUUCUCUGUUCUGCAGAUGGGUUUUCGGUUGAGAUAGCUAUUGGUUUGUGUGUGGAAGAAAAGAAUUUGAAACCAAAAGAAUAAAAGAUGUCUUUGAAGAGCAGAGGAGAGCAGAACUCUUCUAAAAGUGUUAUAUCACAGAAAUGGACCCUUUUCCUUUGCUUGUGUUGUUUCUGUGCUGGAAUGCUCUUAACCAAUAGGAUGUGGACUGUUCCUGAGUCUAAAGGUAUCACAAGGACAACUGCAAUGGAAGCUGAAAAACUAAAGUUGGUUUCAGAGGGUUGUGGAAUUAGAACUUUGAAACAGAAAGAAGUGAGGCGUGACUCUAAGGAUAUAAUUGGGGAAGUGUACAAGACUCAUAAUGCCAUACAGACAUUAGAUAAGACAAUUUCAAAUUUAGAGAUGGAAUUAGCUGCUGCAAGGGCAGCACAGGAGUCCAUGCUUAGUGGAGCUCCAGUAUCAGAGGACUUAAAGAAGACUGGUUCAUCUGGGAAAAGAAGGUAUUUGACGGUUGUUGGAAUUAAUACUGCUUUCAGCAGCCGGAAAAGAAGAGACUCAAUUCGUGCAACAUGGACACCACAAGGUGAAAAAAGGAAGAAACUGGAGGAAGAGAAGGGCAUCAUCAUUCGCUUUGUCAUUGGUCAUAGUGCCACAUCAGGAGGCAUUUUGGAUAGAGCAAUUGAAGCAGAGGAUAAAAAGCAUGGGGAUUUCUUGAGGCUGGACCAUGUUGAAGGGUACCUUGAAUUGUCUGCAAAAACAAAGAUUUAUUUUGCUACCGCUGUUGCUUUAUGGGAUGCAGAUUUCUAUGUCAAAGUUGAUGAUGAUGUCCAUGUAAAUAUAGCAACACUUGGAGAAACGUUAGUUAGACACCGAAAGAAACCACGAUUAUACAUUGGAUGCAUGAAAUCUGGUCCUGUUCUUAAUCAAAAAGGAGUAAGAUACCAUGAACCUGAGUAUUGGAAAUUUGGCGAGGCAGGAAACAAGUACUUCCGCCAUGCUACUGGACAGCUAUAUGCCAUUUCAAAAGAUUUGGCUACAUACAUAUCGAUAAACCAGCAUGUUCUUCACAAGUAUGCUAAUGAGGAUGUUUCAUUGGGAUCUUGGUUUAUCGGACUUGAUGUGGAGCACAUCGAUGACCGGAGACUAUGUUGCGGCACCCCACCAGAUUGUGAGUGGAAGGCGCAGGCUGGUAACAUCUGUGUUGCUUCAUUUGACUGGAGCUGCAGUGGGAUUUGCAGGUCUGCUGAUAGGAUUAAAGAGGUCCAUCAGCGGUGCGGGGAAGGUGAGAAAGCUUUGUGGAGUGCAACAUUCUAAGAGAUGUCUUAAGAGUCUUCCAAACUCUGGAGGAUGAUGAACUAGUGUUAAUGAAUGAGGUGUGCGAGUCUUUUAUGCAUUUUUUUUUUAGUAUUGGAAUACAUGCCAUGCUACACCAAUAGGUCUAGAGAGAAAGAGAGAGUGUGCACAUCAGUAUGCGAAAGCCCAAGAGCUGGCGAGGGAUAGAGGGGUUGCUAUGUGUAAGUUUUCGGUUUUAGUGAAGAAAAUAGACCACAUUAGCAGCCAGGAAAAGAGGCAAAACGCUGUCACCAUUCAACCAUUCAACAUUCUUUUGAUAUGCUUGUAGAGCCGAUUUGUAAGUUACAUUUCCACGGCUAUCAAACUAGCAAUAAAUACGAAAACUUUAGUGGUAUUUUCUUCUCUAAUGCCCAGUAUUUUUUUUUUAUACAAUUUUGUCUGACCGAGACUCAAAUUCCAGAUCUCAGUCUUAGAGACUCUAAUAUUAUCGAGUUAAGCUCAAUUUUAUUUGUUUUUAAUCCAUGGAAAUCUGAGUCCAUCCUGUGGAUAUUUAUUUGUAACUUUUUAUUGUUCAUGGUAUGCAAAUGGCACAACUCAUUCAAAUUUA